AUGUCCUUCCAUCGGCGGGCUGAAACUGCGAGCACGAUUCCAGCGCCCUACGUCUUUGCUCCCAGCGGUACCUUCGACGGCAACGAUGGCUCCUGGUCGACCUUCAUGAUCAACGUUGGGGAUGCUACCGGUGAUGGCCAUUCCGGGCAGAAUUUCAAAGUCCUCAUCUCGACUGGGGGCUCUGUUGUGACGAUACCAGCGCAGGCCGACUGGUGCAACGAGCCCGACAAAGACUCGUGCGCUGAAGCUCGUGGCAUUCAGACAUUCAAUGCAAAGCAGAGCUUGGGAUUCGCAUCGGGCUCCUCUGCGAGUUGGCAGCAAAUCGGCAUCUACAACCUCCCUCUUCCAGCCGCCAUCGAGUUGUAUCCAGACCUCAAGCCAAAUGCCACCUAUGGCCACGAUACUGUGGGCCUUGGAGCAGACUCGGCCGCCAGUUUGAUGCUCACGACUCAGCUUGUGGCCCAAAUUAUCACAGAAGACUUCUUCAUGGGUGUCUUUGGACUGUCCGAUACAGCACUGAGCAUAGGCGGUGGACCCAUUGAUACGUUUCUAACAAACUUCCAAUCCGCAAACCAGACCCCUAGUUUGACAUACGGCUACUCGGCCGGAGCAAAAUACCGCAAUACCGCAGGUGUUCUCGCAAGCUUGACCCUGGGUGGAUACGACCAGUCCCGCUUCUCGAGCCAUGGCAUUUCCAUGCAAAUGCCUGCUGGCAACAGCUCCCUCAUCGUCGGCGUGCAAUCCAUCACUGUUGCGCCUGACCCCAACAUUGAGUCUAAUGUCUAUUCCAUGACGGCUGGCACUUCCGGUUUCCUCGCAACAAUAGACUCGACCCUCCCCUACCUAUGGCUACCCGAUCCCAUCUGCGACGCCAUUGCCGACCGCUUUCGCCUUACCUACGACAAUAACACGAACCUCUAUACUUUGAAUGAUACCUCCCACUCCUAUAAUGUAAACCAGAACGCCACCAUGACUUUCAUAAUUGGCCCAGGCGCAAAUCCUAGCAACGACGUCGCCUCUAUCGUACUCCCAUACGCCGCUCUUGACCUCACUGCGUCCUUCCCGAUCUACGACAACUCUACGAAAUACUUCCCCCUCAAACGCUCGCCCACUGGUGUCUUCGUUCUUGGCCGUGCUCUUCUCCAAGAAGCAUAUUUAAUCGUCGACUAUGAUCGAAAGAACUUCACCGUCGCCCCAGCAAACUACACCGACCCAAUGCCAGAAUCCCACAUCGUAACCAUCUUCCCGUCCUCCUACGUUCCGCCCUCACCGCAUAAGAAAUCCGGACUCAGCACCGGCGCCAUCGCAGGCAUAGGUGCCGGCUGCGGUGUCCUCGGCCUCAUCCUCAUUGGACUAGCAAUCUGGUUCUUCAUCCGCCGUCGCAACCGCAACAAACCAGUCAAACCACCACCACCCUCCGAAAUCGACACCCUAGCCGCCGGCACCGAAGUCAAGAAACGCCGCAUCAGCGAACUCGACUCCACCACCAGCAGCCCACCACCACGCUUCUCCGAAUCUGCAGGCUACUUC